AUGAUAUUCAAAGUGGCCAUAACAGUCGUGCUUAUUCUUUCAUUUUAUUUGGUUCUUCUUAUUGAACUAAUCUCUGGAUUAUUGGAGAAGAUCCAGUUUGUCUCCCGUUGGUUCCUUUCGCAGUCGAUACUGUCGCCGUAUUCUGGCAAUGGCGAUGUGCCCAGUGGUGAGCCAUCCAAGGGUGAAGUGUCCAGCAGUCAGUCAUUAGCCAACAGGCCUUCAAUACCCAACAGUGACACAUCAGCCAUUGCCUUGCUUGCCAAAGAGAUUUGCGAAGUAUGCUCGCAAUUAUCUUCCUAUCCCAUAGCAGCUAUUGAACGCAAGCCCGGUUUCAGCGCUGUUUACACAGAUGUGCCAAAGACACCGGAGUAUGAAUCUCUGCGAGCACGACUCAAUGACACUACUCUAGACUUGCUAUGCCUCGUUAAUGGCCCAAAGAGCACUCUACGGACCUUUGCCUUCUCUCACUAUGACCUGGCGGCGUUGCAGAUUGCAGUAGAGCGAGGCUUCUUCAAUCAUGUUCCGCUGCAGGGUAGCGUCAAUGCGGCAAAGGUUGCAGAGAGAGCAGGGAUGGAUGAGGAUCGAACUACGAGGUUGCUAUCCUUCCUUGCAACGCGUCGUAUAUUUGAAGAAGUAGGCAGUGGGAGCAGCGUAUUCAAGCAUACGGCGAUGUCUGCCCUGAUGGCGACGGACAGGGACUUUCAUGCAAUGGUGCACAUGCAAAUGGAUGAAAUGUUCAAGGCGGCUUCCGAGGCAUCAAACCUCCUUGAACGCUCCCCGUACGUCUCAGACACUGAAAACUCUGCGUUCUGCACAAGAUUUGGAAUACCCGCAUACGUAUAUUAUGAGCAGAACCCUCAGAAGGGAGCAAGGUUUGCACAGUCAAUGGACGCAUGGUCCCGAUUGGACGGCCAGGUUACCAAGCUCGUGCACAGUAGCUUUCCCUGGGCAUCGUUAAACAAUGGCAAAGUAGUAGAUAUCGGUGGUGGAUCAGGUCAUAUAUCAAUCGCGCUCGCUAAGGUGUACCCAUCUUUACGCUUUAUUGUACAAGAUGCCUCCGAAAGGAUGCUCUCUCGCGCAGAUGAAGAAGUCGUACGUAGUUUGGGAGGCCGUGUAACCUUCCAGCGACACAACUUCUUUGAGCCUCAACCUGUCCACGACGCCAAUGCCUUUCUUCUUCGGCAAUGUCUUCAUAACUACAGUGACAAUGACUGUAUCAAGAUUGCCGGCGCAUUGGUCCCCGCCCUGGAAAAAUGUGACCCAGGUACACCACUUCUACUGAAUGAGAUUAUUCUGCCGGAGAACGGCUCCACGACACGUCAUGUAGAGCACCAUCUUCGUCAGGUGGAUAUGACAAUGAUGAUUGUUCUCGGCGCAAAACAGAGAUCUAGGCGAGAGUUUGAACAACUCUUGAAAAAGGCAGACCCACGAUUCGAGGUGAGGAUUUGCUAUCUCUCAUAUGUCCCCCUCUUAGAAUGA